CACAAAAGUUUAUGUGAGACUUUUAACAGUUUUAGUAGUUUAUACUCGUUUUGAAAAAUUCAAAAUACAACAUAUACAAAAACAAAAUCUAAAUUUUUAAUAUAUGAUUAAUGUAAUUAUGUAAUUUAUUUUAAUAGUAAAGAAUUAAACAAAAAUGAUAGAAAUCAUACAGAUUAUUAACAAAUCUUCAUUAUUUAAAAUCAUUAAUUACUAUAUAUAUCACAAUCACAUUAGUUAAUUCCGUAAGUUUUAUUUAAGGAAAUAAUAUAUAAUAAAUAGCCACAUUGCUUUAGUUAAUAUCAUAUGAUAUCAUAUAGUUGGUAUUAAAUGUUUCUAGUGAGAUAUAAAUAUUAAAUUGGACCAACAUGUUUUUCAAUUUCGAUGUAAGCCUCACACGUAAGACUAAUUAACUACCUAAUUGAUUGAGACAUAAGCAAGGGGUCUUUUUUAAUUAUUACAAAAUUUAGGUUACAUAUUUUUAAAUGUUCCUCAAUUAAUAUAUAAGGGAUUUUAAUUAUUUUUAACACUUCAUAUGCAUAAAAAGAAAACAGAUUGUGGAGCAUGUGGUCAGAAUGGUUUUGCGAUUGACACAAAUCACCAAAACCAUAUAGGCAACAUCGAUUGUAAAAUGACAAAAGUGGAUAAGAUUUUCUGCUCUCGCUUUGUUUACUAUUGACUCUCCAUAAGUGAUUUCAUUUUCAACCUCUAGAAAAUUAUGCUUUCACUUUUUUUUCACUAAUAUAAGUUUUCUUUCUUUUUUUAACUUCUUCUGUGAAUUUAGUGAAUUACAUAAGUGUCAAUUUAAAAACAUGGACAUCUAUAAAAAUUAGUUACACUCCAGAUACAUAUCUAAGAAUCAAUUUUUUUAAGAAAAUCACCAGAAAACUCUAUUCACAAGUUAGUGUUCAAAUCUAAUAUAUCAAGCUAUUAUAGAUUUUAUAAAUACAUACUAAAUAUAUAAAUGUUUGUCUAGUAUAUAUUCACCAAUUCUGUCUAAAAUUCAUCUAAUUUUAGAACAACAAAACAAAUUACUUAUUUGGUUAACCUACUCUUUUGAGGUUUAGUUAAUUAAGAGUAUACCGAUAAAAAAAUAAUACUUUACCAUUCUAAUAUAUGUAAACUAUGUAUAAACUAAAUUUUUUUUUAUUUAUUAAAUGAUCAAACAAAAAAUUUAUCAUAAAUAGUCCAAAUAUCUCAUUCUUAUAAUUAUAAUAAUAGACAGAUAGGAUGUUACAGAGAAACAAACAUUAGACGAAUGAUCAAAUCUUUCAUUCUUCGAAAAAAAACUCAAAAGGAGGUAAUUGAAAUCUUAUCAUGAUAUUUCAUUAAAAUAUUUUUAAGAAUAAAAAUUAAGACUAAAUUAUUUAAUCUGUAUGAAAUAAUAUAUAAAUAUAUAUAGUGCUUCUAAUAUUAAAAAUCACUCCGACUUGGAGAAAUGUAUUUUUGAGAUUGUCAAGAUCAAACAACAUAUUAGAAACCACAUAUUUAAAAAAGAAUUUGUAUACAUAAAAGUAUAUACAUUAGAGUAAACACAUAAAUCAAAACCAAUACAUUUUGUUUAUUUACAUUCAUGUUUUUUUUAAAUAAAAAUUAACUAAUACAUAUUUUGUAUAUAUAAAAUAGUGUUUAUUUUACCCAAUUUUUUUGAAAUUUCGAAUUCCGAGCCUUGCGGAGGUCGCACUCCCUGCCUUCCUACCUAAGCCGCCCAUAGUCGCAUCACAAUAGUAUAAUAUUGUCCCAUCUACUCUAAUAUCAAAUGCAUUUGAAGUAAAACAAACAAUAAGAAAACAAAUCAUACAUGUGAAUAGCAUAAACGAAAAACAACCAGCACGAAACGCGGGCACACCACUAGUUACAAAUAUUUUUUAGUAUACACAAUUAAUGUACACCGGGGAAGAGAAGCCGCGUGGAAUUUACAAUUUUUCAUUGUUAUUUCACAUAAGAUAUUACAUUUCAGCCAAUGAGAGCUUAACCAGUAAUUAAUAUAGCUUGCUAAACUAGUUUAAGAAUAACUAAGGAUGCACAAAUUCUGAAAACAUAAAUUCCUAAAUAAGUUAACAAAAGAGUUUACAUUUUUUUUAUUGUUGAUUUCACAUAAGAUAUUACAUUUCAGCCAAUGAGCUUAAAGGUAAUUAAUAGAGCUUGCCAACAUGAGUUUACAAAUGAAAAAAAAGAAGUACAAAAUUCUGAAAACAUAAAUUCCUAAACAAGAUUACAAAAGAGUUUACAUUUUUUCAUUGUAGAUUUCACAUAAAAUAUUACAUUUCAGCCUAAUAAGAGCUUAAAUAGUAAUUAAUAUAGCUAGCUAAAAUGACAAAGGAUGUACAAAAUACUGAAAACAUAAGGCCAUCUCCAACCUAACACUAAAACUUUAUUUUAGUGUGAUUUUGACACAAAAAUUUCUCUAACCCAACACUAAAAAUCACAUCAUUUUAGUGCAAUACUACAUUUUCACACCAAAUUUGGUGUAUAAUGUGUUGUUGUGUGUAUAGUAGUAUUUGUUAGUGGUGAAUUGAGAUUUUGGUGUAAAAUAUAUUAAAUUUUAAUAACUUUGCAUUUAAGCAUUUGUUAAUUCUAACAUUAACGGUUUCAGCGUCAAAAUUGUGUUUCAUAUUUUCCUAUUUUGAACAUUAUUUUUUUAACAAAGUCAAACAUUAUUCUCCUAAGACUCACCUCCGUUUCUCUUAUUUUUCCUCGUCUUCUUCUCUUGUGAGAUUAUCUGAUAUUUGUUGUAGAUCAGGUUUAUGAGUUUCCAAUUGUGAGGUUGUUUCUCAUGAUGUUGUAUACUGUUAUGGUCAAUAUGUGUCCUCUUCUUCCAAAGAUUUGGCUAAUGUUAGGAACUACAUCUCCUUGGAUUGGGUCAGACUUUAGCUGUCUUUUAUGUUGUCUUCCUCGUACUUAGUUUGCCGUUGAUCGUCCCUGCUCGUCUUGGUUUUCAAGAUCUGGAUUUUGGUGAUCUGACUUUUAUGUUCUCUUCAUAACUCGAGGAUGGCUCCACGGUUUGUUGAUUUUGUGUAGUCUCAUUUUCUCUCUUUGUUCUCUCAUCUUGUUGCACUUUUCAUCGCUGGUUGCAUCUCCGGUGACUCUCCAUUUCGCCAUGUUUUCCACUCCAGGUUUGGAUAGUGUUUUCCUUCGUGUAUGUUUUGUGGGCUUGAAAAAUUAUUUUUUUGUCUCAAACUUAAGCUUUGAUUUCUUUGUGGUUGGCUUCCAUUCUCUCUCCUUUAGGUUGUUUUUCUUCUUCUCAUGCUUCCCUUGGUAUAGAUGUGUGGAGUUAGUCUCUUGGAACUUUCGUCUCUUCUAUUCAGAGCUUUGUGGUUCUUCAUUGGCAUAUGGUAUGUGGUUGUUUUGUUUGUGAGGUGCUUCUUACCUCGUAGCUGGUGGUUGUGCUUUAGGCAUGUGUUUUCCGGCUUUGUGGUAACUUUGGUAUUUCGGUGAUUAUUCUUCCUCUGAUCCGCUUUUUUGUUUUUUAUAGGUGUUUGAUCGCAUUCAUUUGUGUUCCACAGUUUGCUGAUUUUGUGUUGUCUCUAUCUCUUUCUUUGUUCUCUCAGCUCGUUACACUUUUCAUCGUUGGUUGCGUCUCUGGUGGUUUUCCAUUUCGCCAUGUUCGCCACUCCAGGUUUGGAUAGUGUUUUCCUUCGUGUAUGUUUUGUGGGCUUGGAAUAUUAUUUCUCGUCUCAAACUUGAGCUUUAGUUUCUCUGUGGUUGGCUUCGAUUCUUCCUCCCUUAGGUUAUUUUUCUUCUUCUCAUGCUUCCCUUGGUAUAGGUGUGUGGAGUUAGUGUCUUGGAGCUUUGGUGUCUUCUAUUCAGAGCUUCGUGAUUCUUCAUUGGCAUGAGCGCGUUGUAUGUGGUUGUUUUGUUUGUGAGGUGCUUCUUACCUCUUAGCUGGUGGUUGUGCUUUAGGCAAGUGUUUUCCUGGUUCGUGGUGAUUUUGGUCUUUCGUUGAUUAUUCUUCCUCUGAUAUGUUUUUUUAUUUAUUUAUUGAAUUGGUGCUUGAUCGCGUUCAUUUGUGUUCUAGAUCCUUAUUGAGUUAGUGUUACUAUAAUAUUUUGAUUUUUCUUUGUGAUGCGGAGAUUUAGGUUUAGAUUAUGUGUCGUAUUCUAGUUUUUUCUAAGUUUAGUAAUUUUAUAAUUUCUAAUAGUCAAAUAAAUUUAUAAUUUAUAAUAAAAUAUAAAAGUGUAUGUUAUUUUUUAGUUGUGAAUAAAUAAAAUAUUUAAAAUAAAAUUUUUAAAAUAUAUUUAUAUAUUUUUCCUUUAUUCAUCUUCAAUUUUACUGACCAAAAAAAUAGAUUAUAAAACUUCAUAUAGUAAUGGUUAGUGUGAGAAAGAUUAUAGUGCAUUAUUAAAAAAUAUUAAGCCAAAUUGCAAUAGUGUAAAAGAAAAAUGACAUAAAAUGUAAAAACAAAAAAUAUAUGGGGACACAUGUCAUCAAUCCCCUAUGCCACUUGUUAUCAAACUCCCCCUGCUACUUGUCAUAAGAAAGGAAAUAGUUAACUUUAUAUAUAUAUAUAUAUUUUAAAUUAGCUUUUUGUGUAAAAUUUAGUGUUGUGAUUGGAGAAGAACUUUUUUAGUGUUGAAAUUAUACUAAAAUAGUGUGAUUUUGUCACUAAAAUAAUGUUAUGAGUUGGACAUGCUCUAAAUUCUUAAAUAAGGUAACAAAAGAGUUUACAUUUUUCAUUGUUGAUUUCACAUAAUAUAUUACAUUUCAGCCAAUAAGAGCUUAAAAAGUAAUUAACAUAGCUAGUUAAAAUGACAAAGGAUGUACAAAUUUUUUUUUUUUUUAAAUUACUAAAUAAGGUAACAAAAUAUUUAGAAGCUCCCAUCGUUUCAUCUUCCUUAUCCUCGAUUUCCUGGGGAGAAAUAAAAGAUUCUCAUUAAUGCAUAAUUAGAUAAAAACCCUUUUUAGAGAUUCAAAAAUUAGAAACGUAACCACAAUCAACCAAGAGAGAGAGAGAGAGAGAGAGAGAGAGAGAGAGAGAGAGAGAGAGAGAGAGAGAGAGAGAGAGAGAGAGAGAGAGAGAGUAUAAUGCUUGACAGAGAAAUGACGUCGUUUCAUGGUCGCCGGCGUCUCCUUCUUAUCGGCGUUGCGAUUCUGAUCACGUCCAGUUUGGUUUCUUUAUGUCAUGGAGUUUCAUCUUCUUGUCAUCAUCAUCCAUCUUCAACCUCAUUUCAAGGAUUGAGGAGGCAAGUUCUGGAAGGAGCAAAUGGGACAUUGGUGUUAGCGGCGGAGAGGACACGGCGGCCUGAUCCUCUUAACCAUUUCAAUAUUUAUACCGAUGGUUGGAACGUUACCAAUUCUCAUUACAUCGCCUCCGUUGGAUUUUCUGCUGUUCCAUUCAUAGUAAUAUCAAUCGUGUGGUUCGUAUUGCUUGGACUCUUCCUCGUCUGCUCAUGCCUUUGUUGCUGUUGUUGCGGUUGCGGUCGCCGGAGCUACAGUUACUCUCGCUUCUGCUACACUCUCUCUCUCGUCUUCCUCCUCCUCUUUACCAUCGCCGCCGUGAUUGGGUCUGCGAUGUUGUACACUGGGCAAAAAGAGUUCUACGGUAGCGUGGAGAAGACGUUUAUGUACAUUGUGAAUCAAGCAACUGGUGUUUUGACUAAACUAACGAGCUUAUGGGACUCUAUUCAGUCUGCUAAAGACAUUCAGCUCGAUGGACAUAACCUGUUUCCUCCACAGUUUAGAGGUAACAUUGAUCAUUUCAACAACAUGAUCAAGAUGUCUAACAUCACCUAUCCUGAUCGUGUCGCUAACCAGACCAUCCGUUAUCUCACCGGAGCACUGAACCCAGUGAGAUUAGUGUUGAAUGUGAUCGCUGGCAUUAUGCUCGCAGUCACAUUCCUCGGACUUUUGUUUUCCUUCUGUGGACUGCGAGUUCUUGUCUACCUCUUAGUAAUUGUGGGUUGGAUUCUCGUCACAGCAACGAUCCUCCUCAGCGCAGUCUUCCUUGUCUUCCACAAUGUGGUUGCGGACACUUGUACGGCUAUGGACCAAUGGGUGCAUGAUCCAGCAGCAGAGUCGGCGUUGAGCCAGCUGCUUCCAUGUUUAGACGCUAAAACCAUUGGAGACACAUUGGAUAUAACCAAGACGAUGACCUCUACGGCCGUUGACAUGACUAAUGCGUACACAGUCAAUAUCAGUAACUUUGAUCACUUCCCACAUAAUAACCCUUUUUACCAUAACCAGUCUGGUCCGCUCGUUCCUCUUCUCUGUAACCCUCUCGACGAACAUCACAAUCCACGUCCUUGUGCUCCUAACGAAAUUCUCCUCGCUAAUGCUUCUCAGAUCUACAAAGGGUUUGUGUGCCAAGUGAACGCAGAAGGGAUCUGCAUAACACAGGGUAGGUUAACUCAAGCUUCAUACGACCAGAUGAUGGGUGCUAUCAACGUAGGAUUCACGUUGGACCAUUACGGUCCGUUCUUGGCUAGUAUUGCUGAUUGCACAUUCGUCCGAGACACAUUCAGAGACAUAACCACCAAGAACUGCCCUGGACUCAGCAUCACCAGCCAAUGGAUCUACGCAGGACUGGCGUCACUCUCUGGUGCAGUCAUGUUCUCACUUAUCUUUUGGAUGAUUUUCGUCAGAGAAAGACGUCACCGUUCUCAUAGUAAGAAGACGGUCCAGAUGAAUAGGUUUUGAUUAUUGCAAACAGGCCCAUUCAUUGUCCGAGUGAGCAUAUUAUGUUAUCUAAUUUCGUAAUUUUUGUUGGAACCUUUAAUGAUAUAUAUGCUUCCAUAAAAAAAACUAAAAAAAUUCCGUUUAUAUAUAUGGGUACAUAUAUAACUCAACAACACAGGUUAAACAUUAUAUUUUGAACCUCUCAAGAAUCAUUUUAUUCUGAAAGAGAUAUAUUUAUCAAUAAAGAGUCAAAAAAAUUGCGUAUAUAAUAAUAAUAGUAAUAUUACAAGAAUCUGGUCUGUAUACAUAGAAGUGACGGGUAAUGAUUAAACCAAUUCACAAACAGGUGAAUCUUUAGGCUUAGCCUGAACAGAGAAGCCCAUUGAUCAAGAUCCUCUAAAGGUGCAUGUAGCAGUCAUAAAACUGAAUCUCUGAUUGGUGUAAUCUAUCAAUCUGAUUUGCUUCUGAGACUGUAAAUGUUGCCAAGGGUUCCCACAACACUAACCACCACGGC